GUUUCGUUCAGUUUCCGCAACCCCAACCUAUCUCUCUCUUUAUCUCAACUUUUUGGAUGUUUACAGACUUUUGCAGUCUUCUUCUUAUUACACAAUCAGUCACCUGCUGCUGAUUCCAUUAGGGUUUUCUCCUCUCACCCAAAUAAUCUCACACACAUUUAUUACCUCUUUUUAUUCAUUUCACAAAUUUCUGGUCCUUAGUCAUCAGUUGGUGGGGGCAAAAUAUCCAGCUAAAGAAAUUGAUAUUUUACUGGCCAGCAGCAUACAAAAGAUUCACAAGCCACGUACAUCCACAAAUUAUAACCUAAGCUACUACACAACAGCUUGAUCCAUUCGAGUCGGAUCGGGUCGGGUCGGAUUGCUUUUCCAAACUAGUUUUCAAGAGGUUAAAGAUCAAGGAUGUCUUCCAGCAACUCAAACCCACCAUGUGCGGCAUGCAAGUUCCUAAGAAGAAAAUGCCUGCCGGGGUGCGUCUUCUCGCCGUACUUCCCGCCGGAGGAGCCGCAGAAGUUCGUCAACGUCCACAAGAUCUUCGGCGCCAGCAACGUGAGCAAGCUGCUGAGCGAGAUCCAGCCUCACCAGAGAGAAGACGCCGUCAACUCCCUCGCCUACGAAGCCGAGGCGCGGUUGAAAGACCCCGUCUACGGCUGCGUAGGCGCCAUCUCCGUCCUCCAGACUCAAGUCCUCCGCCUCCAGAAGGAGCUCGAGGCCACCAACGCCGACCUCAUGCGCUUCGCCAGUGCCAACAACAACAACAACAACAACAACGCUGCUGAAAUUAUGUCGACGUCCUCGUCCAGUGGGUAUUCACCUGUCGGGAAACCUGCAGCCGCUGCGGGUCAUAGUCUCAACGGGCAUCGUUCGCUGUCGUUCAACCUGCAGCGUAUGACGAUGGCCGGCGGGGGCCAUCCCCACAACAUGGCGAUGAUGAUGCAGCUGCAGCAGCAGAAUGGGAGGUCGAGAAUGACAGAAGGUGGUGAUUGUGGCGGAGGAGGGUUGCAGUUGCACAACUAUGCGCCAUCUCAGGGAAUGACGACGACGGAUUACUAUUAUUCUUCUGCGUGGUCUAACAGCUCUUCCGGCGGAGAGCAUAACUCCGACGGUGCCGAUAAUGGCGAUUGCUCCAUGUAGCUAGCUAGCUUUAAUUUGCGGGUUAUUACUUAUACUCCAGGCCAUACGUAUUAUACGAAUGAAGAAAUUGCUCCGAUCCAUAUAUGGAAAUUAAACUACUAUACUUUUGUGCUUGUUUUAAUUUGGGCAGACAGAUCGAAUUAUGUACAAAACGAGACACACCCGUGACCCGACCAUCAAUCUAUGUACUAC